AUGAAUCCCAUUGGUUUGUCCCUCCUCUUCCUCCUUUCUCUGGCACUUGUCUCGAUUGUUAUAGGCCAAGAAAGAGCACCCCAUGGGCUUGUAUACGAGAAUCCUGAAGCUUUUCCACCAUCAGCAUAUAACUUUUUUCAUCCCAAUGUAAGAAAGCCCGAAACCACCAAAGACCCAUGUACUAUAUCCAAAUGUUCACCCUUUCCUUUAGCAGCUCAAGUGGAAGCUACUCAAGUUCAUCACAACAAAGCCUCCACAUCCGAGAGAAGUAGAAAAAAAUUGGGAGCUGGUGGUGUAGCGGGCAUUGUCUUUGGUGUUGCUUUUGUUGUGCUUUUAGCUAUGAGUGUGUACCACACAAGGGUAAUUGAGGAUGAUAAUUCUGAAAAGCAUAGGGACAUAAAGAUUCCUUGGGAAUAUUUUGGAAUUUGGAAUUGCAUUUCUCAACCGGGGGAAAUUUGUGUAUUUAACAAAGUUCAAAAGAAACCAGCAUUUUCACCUGUCCAUUUCAAUGAAGACAACCUGUUUAAAGCGUUUUUUACACAUUUCUUAAAUGCAGCUGAGGCUUUGUUCACUUUCAAGGAUUCACUUGACAGUCCACAGCAAUUCAGAUGCAGCAUUGUGAAAUAUCCAUGUCAAAAGCAAUGGCCAUGUCUUGACUGCUAUAAACUAAAAGAUCCAGGUGUAAUAACAGCAAAGAUAGAUGGGAAUAAUGACAUUCCAACACUUACACCUCUUCAAGAAGCUCAAGUUGACAAACAAGGAGGAAGAAGGGAUGCCCUCAUAGUUGGUGUUGUUGUUUCUGCCUUAGUUGUCAUUGUCAUUGUGGUGAUUGUUUAUAUCUGCUUGAUGAGGGUCAAAAGAUUCAUAAGGCAAACAUCUGAGAGUGCUUCUUCUAUGCCAUCUCCAACUGUUGAAAUGGGAAGUGGCAACAACUCGCAUUAUGUUAAUGCUUUCUCUCCACAUUAUUGCCAGAACACAAGGCAGUUAACAAUUUUGGAACUAGAACAAGCUACAGGAAAUUUUAGUGAGAGCAAUAUUAUAGGUGAAGGUAGAUUUGGUUUUGUUUAUAAGGGUUUGCUUCAAGAUGGGUCUAUUGUGGCUAUAAAAAGGCGCCUAUUUGCUCUGACACGGGAUUUCAUACCUGAGGUGAAGCAGAUAGCUGACAUCCACCACAUCCAUCUUGUCAAGCUUAUAGGCUAUUAUGAAGAUAGCUAUCAACAAUUACUUGUGCAUGAAUAUCUCCCUAAUGGCAAUGUAGGGAAUCACCUAUAUGACAGUGAAGGUUUACCAAUUGGAAGGUUAGACUUGUGGAGAAGGUUAUCCAUUGCUUUAGGCACGUCCAAAGGACUAGAACAUCUUCACAGUUUGGUCCCUCCUUUGGUUCACACAAAUUUUAGAACUAGCAAUGUUCUGUUAGAUGAAAAUUAUAAUGCCAAGGUUUCUGAUUAUGGAUUGUGCAAAUUGCAAACAAAAGUUGAUCAGGCUGGUUCAUCUUCAAAUGUAGAUUGCUUUCUUGACCCAGAGUUCAGCUUAUCACAAAACUAUUCGGAGCAGAGUGAUGUAUACAGCUUCGGGGUCUUCUUACUAGAGUUGAUUAGUGGCUGUGAAGCACAUAACAGAAACAUGUCAAACCCCGAGGAAAAUCUAGUAUUCCAGGCAAAAAAUAGCAAUGGCUUGGACAAGUUUGUUGACAUAACGCUAGGAGACCAUGAAAGGCAUGCUGCUAGACGAAUGAUGAAGUUGGCGUUGCUAUGUGUUGAUGUGACUUUUAGAAGACCAUCAAUGGCGCAAAUUGUGCAAGAACUGGAGCGGAUUCAAAGAGAAAUUGCUCCUUUGUGUUGUCAAGUUAACGAGGAGAUUGGUGUGGUCACUCUUGGAAGUGAACUCUUCCAAUAA